AUGAAGCUUUGGAGUCAUCUCUUGUAUUCAUCUCUCCUUGCCUGUAUAUCGUCGCAGUCCCAAUCACCAAUGUCCUCUGCCUCAGCCAGAGGUUCUUGUGACUCUCUUUGCAAUUGUGAGGAAAAAGACAGCACGAUGCUAAUAAAUUGUGAAGAGAAAGGGAUCAAGAAGUUAUCCCAAAUAAGCGUGCCACCAUCACGACCUUUCCACUUAAGUUUAUUAAAUAAUGGUUUGACAAAGCUUCACGCAAAUGACUUUUCUGGGCUUACCAAUGCUAUCUCAAUACACCUUGGAUUUAACAAUAUUGCAGAUAUUGAGACUGGUGCAUUUAAUGGCCUUGGCCUUCUUAAGCAACUUCAUAUCAAUCACAAUUCUUUAGAAAUUCUUAAAGAGGAUACCUUCCAUGGACUGGAAAACCUGGAAUUCCUACAAGCAGAUAACAAUUUUAUUACAGUGAUUGAACCAAGUGCCUUUAGCAAGCUCAACAGACUUAAAGUGUUAAUUUUAAAUGACAAUGCUAUUGAGAGUCUUCCUCCAAACGUAUUUCGAUUUGUUCCUUUAACCCAUCUAGAUCUUCGUGGAAAUCAGUUGCAAACAUUGCCUUAUGUUGGUUUUUUAGAACACAUUGGCAGAAUACUGGAUCUCCAGUUGGAGGACAAUAAGUGGGCCUGCAAUUGUGACUUAUUACAGCUAAAACUUUGGUUGGAAAACAUGCCCCCUCAGGCUAUAAUUGGUGAUAUUGUGUGCAACAGCCCUCCAUUUUUCAAAGGAAGCACACUAAGCCGGCUGAAAAAGGAAUCAAUUUGCCCCACUCCACCAGUGUAUGAAGAACACGAGGAUCCUUCAGGAUCAUUACAUCUGGCAGUAACAUCUUCAAUAAGUGAUAGUCGCAUGUCAACCAAGACCAUGUCUCUUUUAAAACCACCCACCAAAGCACCAGGUUUAAUACCUUAUAUUACAAAGCCAUUCACUCAACUUCCAGGACUCUACUGUCCUGUUCCUUGUAAUUGCAAAGUACUCUCCCCAUCAGGACUUCUAAUACACUGUCAAGAGCGCAAUAUUGAAAGCAUAUCAGAUCUAAAACCUCCUCCACAAAAUCCCAGAAAGCUUAUUCUUGCAGGGAAUAUUAUUCAUACCUUAAUGAAGUCUGAUCUAGUGGAAUACUUCACUUUGGAAAUGCUUCACUUGGGAAACAAUCGUAUUGAGGUUCUCGAAGAAGGAUCGUUUAUGAAUUUAACAAGAUUACAAAAGCUCUAUCUGAAUGGUAACCAUCUGACUAAAUUAAGUGGAGGUAUGUUUCUUGGUCUCCACAAUCUUGAGUACUUAUAUCUUGAAUACAAUGGCGUUAAGGAAAUAUUACCUGGUAGCUUCAACCCAAUGCCUAAACUUAAAGUCCUCUAUUUAAACAACAACCUCCUGCAAGUUUUACCACCACAUAUUUUUUCAGGGGUUCCUCUAAUGAGGGUAAACCUUAAAACAAACCAAUUUACCCAUCUACCUGUAAGUAAUAUCUUGGAUGACCUUGAUUUACUGACCCAGAUUGACCUUGAGGACAACCCCUGGGAUUGUUCCUGUGACCUGGUUGGAUUGCAGCAAUGGAUACAAAAAUUAAGUAAGAACACAGUGACAGAUGAAAUACUCUGCACCUCUCCGGAGCACCUAGACAAAAAGGAAUUGAAAGCACUCAACAGUGAACUUCUUUGCCCAGGUUUGGUCAAUAACCCAUCCCUGCCAACUCAGACUAGUUACGUAAUAGUCAAUACUCCUACAGCAACAACUACAGCGGACACUAUUUUUAAAUCACUUACCGAUGCUGUACCACUAUCUGUUUUAAUACUAGGACUGCUGAUUGUAUUCAUAACUAUCGUGUUCUGUGCUGCAGGGAUAGUGGUUCUUGUUCUCCACCGUAGGAGAAGAUACAAAAAGAAACAAGCUGAUGAACAGAUGAGAGACAACAGUCCUGUGCAUCUCCAGUAUAGCAUGUACGGCCAUAAAACAACUCACCACACUACUGAAAGACCCACAGCAUCACUCUAUGAGCAGCACAUGGUGAGCCCUGUGGUUCAUGUCUAUAGAACCCCAUCCUUUGGCUCAAAACAUCUGGAAGAAGAAGAAGAAAGGAACGAGAAAGAGGGAAGCGAUGCAAAACAUCUCCAAAGAAGUCUCUUAGAACGAGAAAAUCAUUCCCCACUCACAGGAUCAAAUAUGAAGUACAAAGUCACAGACCAAUCCACUGAAUUUUUAUCCUUCCAGGAUGCCAGUUCAUUAUAUAGGAACAUUUUAGAGAGAGAAAGAGAACUUCAGCAACUGGGAAUCACAGAAUACCUAAGGAAAAACAUUGCUCAACUUCAGCCUGAUAUGGAGGUACAUUAUCCAGGAGCCCAUGAAGAGUUAAAGUUGAUGGAGACAUUAAUGUACUCAAGGCCGAGGAAGGUAUUAGUGGAACAGACUAAAAAUGAGUAUUUUGAGCUGAAAGCUAACUUACAUGCUGAACCUGACUACUUAGAAGUCCUGGAGCAGCAAACAUAG